AUAGUCCUUGAUCAAACAAAACCAUAUUUGCAAUCUGGUUCUUGUUGACAUUCCAAAACCUUAGCUCUAUCACCAUGGAGAACAUUACAAAAGAUGCAUCCCUAAACAGCAUCAAUAAUGAUCAGCCAUAUAGAACUUGGUAUCACUUUCAGCCCCCAAAAAAUUGGAUGAAUGAUCCUAAUGGACCAAUGUACUAUAAAGGAGUUUACCAUUUCUUCUACCAACAUAACCCAGAUGGAGCAACCUUUGGUAAAAAAAUGGUAUGGGGUCAUUCUAUAUCCUAUGAUCUCAUCAAUUGGACACAUCUAAAGCAUGCUAUUAGACCAGAUUCUAUUGGUGACAUAAACAGUUGCUUCUCAGGCUCAGCAACUAUACUCCCAGGUGAAAAACCUGUUAUAUUGUACACAGGAAUUGAUGGAAAAAAACACCAAGUUCAAAACUUAGCUUUUCCAAAGAAUCUAUUAGACCCUUUCUUAAGAGAAUGGGAAAAACAUCCUCAAAACCCUGUCAUGACUCCACCUAGUGAAGUUGAAGAGGAUAAUUUUAGAGACCCUUCAACUGCAUGGCAAGGAAAAGAUGGUAAAUGGAGAGUAGUAAUUGGUGCUCAAAAUGGUGAUGAAGGAAAAGCUAUUCUAUACAAAAGUGAUGAUUUUUUUGAUUGGAAAGUUGACCCUAAUCCUUUUUUUGCAACAGAUGGUACUGGAGUUUGUGAAUGUCCUGAUUUUUUUCCUGUUUAUGUUAAUAGCACAAAUGGGGUGGAUACAUCUGUGGAAAAUUCAAGUGUUAGACAUGUUUUUAAGAUAAGUUAUUUACGUAGACAUCAUGAUUACUAUUUUAUUGGGAGUUAUGUGUCUGAUUCUGAUAAGGAAAAGUUUGUUCCUGAUGUAAAAUAUACUGGAAGUUGGAAGGAAUUAAGAUUUGAUUAUGGAAAUUUUUAUGCUUCAAAGUCAUUUUUUGAUUAUGCUAAGAAUAGGAGAAUAUUAUGGGGUUGGGUGGAAGAAAAUGACUCUAGACAAGAUAGCAUUGAAAGAGGAUGGGCUGGUUUACAGACAAUUCCAAGGAAGUUUUGGCUUGAUAAAGAUGGGAAGCAAUUAAUGCAAUGGCCAAUUGAAGAGUUAGAAAAACUACGUGACAAUCAAAUCAAUAUCACAGGAGAGACACUCCUAGGUGGAUCAACCCUUGAAGUACAAGGUAUCACUGCAUCUCAGGCUGAUGUGGAAGUCUUGUUUGAGCUACCUGAUCUACAAAAUGCUGAGUUGAUAGAUCCAAGUGAAGUUGAUCCUCAAAUACUUUGCAGUGAACAAUAUGCUUCAAGAAAUGGCAUAAUAGGGCCAUUUGGUUUGUUAGCUUUAGCUUCAAAGGAUCAGACAGAGAAGACUGCAAUAUUUUUCAGGAUAUACAGAACACUUGAUAAAUAUGUAUGCUUGAUGUGCAGUGACCAGAGCAGGUCGUCAUUGCGGCAGGAGACUGAAAAAACCACAUAUGCAACUAUCUUUGACAUAGAUCCUAAUCUGAAAACAAUUUCACUUAGAACUUUGAUUGACCGGUCCAUUAUUGAGAGUUUUGGUGAUGGAGGGAAGGUUUGCAUAACAAGUAGAGUUUAUCCCUCAUUGGCUAUAGAGAAAGAUGCACAUCUCUAUGUAUUCAACAAUGGAAGCCAGAGUGUAGUUAUCUCAAAACUAAAUGCUUGGAGUAUGAAGCAAGCAGAGUUUGGCAUGGAAAAUAUAAUAUAGCCAAAAAGAAUUUGGAAAAUCAUACAACAUUUGUUUAUUUAGAUAAUUUGUAUGUGUUGUUUCUAUGCAUGAAAUAAUUUGUUUUGUUUUGUUAUUAAAGAAAUAAUGUGUUGUCUUCCACUAAA